CGUUCGUCUUCUUUUCCGAUGAGGCUGUAGAAACAAGUCCCGCAGAUUAAAACAACUAAAGAUGAUAAAAACGAGCUCAGAGUCUCAAAUGUCCUUCUCUUAAAGCUGAUCCAGACACACUGGGACUUAUUGCACUUCCUGGAUUAUCUGCCUGAGGUAAAGGCACAAACAAUGGAAGCCUCUCUGGAGGUUAAGACUCCUGCAGCAGCUUUAACUGUGGGUGAAGGACCAAGUCGUGGAGAAGAGCUGAAAGCCUCUGAUGAAGCCAUCACGUUCAUGUCCAGCAUUGAGCCUGCCGAGCUGCAGAGGUGUGUGUUCCCAGACUCUCUGGUGACUGUGUCAGAGGGCGGCAGACAGGUGGGGAGCUUCAGUGUGACUGUGGAGUUCGCCCGCAGGAUCCAGCAGCCCUGUGUGCGGCUGCACGCUCAGAGCCAGGGAGCCAUCGACGACUCCCCCUGUGGAACAACAGUGACAGCAUACCUGACUACAAACCUGGAGCUGCUGGAGGAAGAUUACCACGAGUAUGUGAAGCUUGAAGGCCACAUUUUGGAGAAGAGGUGUCACAUGGUGCAGCAUGACGGGCAGAUGAUGAUCAAUAAAGUUACCACUGUAGGAGAGGAGGUGACGAAGGAGAGUGUCUCGUAUCCCACAUCUGUCACAAGAGGGCUGGUAACCGAGGGCUCCAUCCUGCUGCUGAUGCGCCUGAUCGCUCUGAGGAAGACGAUGCCCCAGAACAUGACCUUCAUCUCCUUCAACCAAGGGUUCCACAUGUCCCACAUCACCUUUAGUGAGCUGGGUGUGAAGCAGAUGGACAUCGGGGGUGAGACAGUGGAAGUUUUUGGGAUGGAGAGGACUGUUCACUCUGUGGAGGACGGCCCAGCUACCUGGCAGUGCUACUUCCUGGAGGACGGGCACUUGGCCAGUAGAGUGCACGUGGGAUCACCAGUCACUGUAAGGCUUCUGCAGCUGCCAUCACAGCCAGGAAAAGGUUUUGAGAAAAUCCCCCUGGUUUGGGAAGAAGACAUGGAGAUGUGCUCUAAGUUCCUGGACAGAAAGGAGGAACUGAGGGUGGACAACAGCUCAUACUUUAGUAAGCACCCAGAGAUCCGUGCUCUCAUAUCUGACUUUCUGCAGUUGUUGUUGCUGAGGAAACCAGAUGAUGUCUUCCGAUUUGCCAGCGAGUACUUCCUCCCAUUCGCUUCCCAGCGAGCUCCAGACUCAAACCAGAAAGCCUCAUUGUUCUGAAGGCACACUCAAGGGCUCACACAAUCAAAACUGUAUUUCAUAACUUGCUGUUAAUUUAUCACUAUCACUUAUGCUUUUUCUUUUCUUCAGAGUGAUAGACAACUAGAUGGUCCUGAAGAAAAUAUGGUGGAAAUGAACAGGAACUUUUAAACAUGAGACUUCAC